AUGUUUGUCGAGAGGGAGAGCUCUACAUCUCAGUUGCCUACUGAGCUCAUAGUAGCACCGAUUAGCAAAAGUGAUUCUUCGUCUAAUCUGCAAGCUGACAUCAUUAUUGAUCGUAAUGGCAGUGCCAAGGACGACAUGAGCGAUCAAUGCAGUCUAACUCAGGCUGGUCUUGAAGAGUACAACAUACGUGCGUCCUCCUAUUACGAUCAGCCGGUGUUGUUUCAUCAUCAAAAGCAGUCAUCGUAUGCGCAGUCGGAAGGCUACCACAGUUAUGUGUCCAGCUCGGAUUCAAGUUCAGCCACACCAUUUCUAGACAGAUUACGUCAGGAAAGUGAUUUAUUAUCCCGUCAAUCACAUCAUUGGUCGCAAAACGAUCUUUCAUCAGUAUCUGGCAGCUCUGUAGCACCAUCACCGACACCUCUGCUGUUAAAUCCGAAACAUGAACGCAGUGCGAAUGAGGAUGUUGACACACAUCACUUAUCACAUCAACAGCAAAACAACAGCUCUGAAAGUACGUCUUCUACAGAGACUCUUAAAUGGUUGGGUUCGAUGAGUGAUGUUUCUGAAGCUAGCCAUGCUACAGGUUAUUCCGCAAUUUCGGAAUCAGUUUCAUCAUCACAACUAAUUGUACAUAGUUCCCGCGUUUUAACACCAAAAAGACAUCACAGUGAAAGUGUACUAUAUUUGAAUAAUGACCAUCAACAACAACUUUCACCAAAUUCUCAAUCACCUAAACAGCAACAACAACACAAUUCCAAAGUUAGCCCUACUCUAUCGGCACGGGAGCACCAUUCACCCGUACAACUGAUUUCAAAUCACCGACACAGUCCAAGUUAUCCGCCUGUACAUACAACACAAACCAUACAGCCUUAUCAAAAACAAUUAGUCCCAAUUAAAAGGGAUUUAAAUACCAUUGACUUGCCAAAAAGUUCCUUAGUUGCAGCUACUGAAAAUGUAGGUACUGCAACGCCUAAGUUAGUAACAAUUACACCCGCAACUAUAGCACCUAUAGCAAUUCAAACACAGCCUUUGGAAUCGCAGCAGCACAAAUCAAAUAUAUCUGUAACAAUAUCAAAUAGUGAAGCUGUGGUAACAAUAUCUCCGCAACCGCCAGCCAGUAGCCUUGUUAAAUGUGACACAACAUCAAGCAGCGAAAAGAGCAUAACAUCGAGUGCUGGUACUAAAACUGUUUCAAAUCAACCGUCGACAGCGUCUCCACAAUCCCCACUGUCCGAUACACAUGUUUCUACAGCCAGUGUAAGCAGCACGUCAUCUACAACUACUCCGAUAACAGCUGCAGUAGUAACAUCCGGUACUGCACUAACUACUCCAUCUUAUCGUAGUAAUCAUCGUCUUUUUCCAGUAAGCACCUAUACGGAACCAAUACAUAGUAAUACCUCACAUUAUGUGCACCAUCCAAAACCACAAUACAGUGCUAAUUUGCAAAAGCCAUUGGCCAACAAUCCAACACUAAAUACAACAGUUGCAAACACUGAUGCUGCAAACCAAGCAAAACAAGCGCAGAAUUCACCACCCGCAAAUUGGCAGUCAGUAGCUGAACGUAUUAAUGACUUUGAACGUGGAGGUGAGAUCAAUGAGCCACAAAAAUAUACAUUUAUCGAUCCCAGCAAAACACAUCGAAUUUCAAAUCCCGCCUUAAAAGCAUUUCAAAAAAAUGCGGUGCAAUCGUAUUUUGAGCGCCAACAGCAGCAGCAACAAAAUCAUUUGCAACCACAAACACAGUCUCAAGAUAAUAGCCAACAAAAAAUUUAUCAACCACAUCCCUCACAUCAUCACCUACAACAGCAACAAUUAUUACGUCCACAUUCUUAUCAGUCAGUAACGUCUAUCAAAGAUGCAGCUGGUCACCAAGCACUACGAAACUCGUUGCCUAACACUUAUGGUGGCAAUGUUACAAAUACAAAUCCAACGCGUAACAGCUUGACGACAACCACAAAAAUACCCACAAUGUCACAAAAAUCUGUUUCAAGUGAUAGUUUAGCAUAUACUGCUAAUGUACUGAAUACUUCACCAAGCGCGAAACCGCCUUCACCAGCACCACCACCACCACCGCCACGGUCGCGUUCACUAAUGGCAACAACCUUACUACGUCGUUCCUCUUCAGCAUCAGAUUAUGCAGAAUUUCGUGAUCAAUUUACAACCGCUUCACAAGAGAAAUUGCAAUCGCAAUCUAUAAAAAACAUAACAAAUGCUGAGAAAAUGUCAUUUAAUGACUGCGGUAUGCCACCACCACCUCCACCGCGUGCACGUGCACCAAUAACUUCGAGACGUACUUCAUCCGCAUCUGAAUAUGCAGCUAUGCGCGAUAAAGUGUUACUACAACAUGCUGCAGCAAUCGCACACCAACAGCAUCAUCCACACCAACACCAGCACAGUAAAGCGCAACGCACACCAAACUUAUAUACAUCACCACCACAUAGUGUAUUGAUAGCACCGCAUGAUGAUUGGGUGCCAGAGCGUCCACCAAAAAAUCCGAAUUUACGUGUACCAUCUCCAGAUCUACCACCACCACCUGCUGAUAUAGACACAAGUCUCUCAGAUGAGCCCUUACCACCGCCACCACCAGAAAUACUACAUCGGCAGACAAGCUAUUAUGAGAUCGAAAAUAUUGCACCAUUAAGUGGUAACGAUACGUUAGCUUCAGCUUUAUCACCUAAUAGACGUAAUAGCUUCGCCGGUUCUUCAACACGCAAACUCUAUCACAAUCGCAAUACGGGUAGUACGCAUGAUAUGCAUACGAAAGCACCACCGCUUAUACCCAAAAAACCAACGAAUAUUGAAAUUUUACAAGUCUCCAGACCUACAGUAAAUUUAGUGCAACAGUCCAAUAAGGCGCUUAAAGUAUUAUUGAAUGGUGGUUCACAUAUGCAUCAAGCACAAUUGCAGACGGUGAAAAUGCCACAAGCUGCUAAGAUUACAAGUCGUAAACGUCCACAUAAUCCAGCGUUAAUAACAGUGCCACCAAUUUUGGAGAAUCAAACAAUGACAAGUCCAGUUAAUCUCUCACCAACUAGUAUGAAUUUAUCAAGUAAUAACCUCAAUAAGUCUUCACCACCACCAUUAAUGCCGCGUAUGCUGAUACCGAAUCAGGCUCCUACUAUGUUGAUCAACAGUAAACAAAGGUGA